AUGGCCGCCAGGCUGUGGGCCCUGCGGAUGGGAGGCGCCGCGGCGCUGGCGGCCGCCGCUUCCGGUGGCGCCGGCGCCGUGCUGUGCGACAAGGACCCGCCGCCGUACCUGGAUCCCGAGGCGUGGGAGCGGGCGGCCAAGGCGCUGCGAGACAUCAAUGCGCAGCCCAAUGCCAAGAAGAUUUUUGAACAGCUGAAGCUGGAGGAACUGACAAGAGCACAAGAACAGAAGGCGAAGGAGUCUGAGUUCAAGGCGCAGGCAGUGGCGCUGGCCAAGGAGCAAGAACGCGUGAAGUGGGAAGAGCAGCGUGCAAGCCAGCGUGAGAAUGCGCAGCAGCAUGCGGAGAUCAAGCGCUAUGAGGACGACCUUGCCCGGCAGCGGAUGAAGAGUGAGCAUGAGCUGCAGAGGAAGCGCAAUGCCGAGCUGGUGCGCCUGCAGGAGGAGUCGGUGCAGGCGCAGGAGCAGGAGAGGCUGCGGGUGGAGCAGCAGAUACAGGCAGAACGGCGGGCAGCCGAGCAGUACAAGGCAGAGCUGGAGAAGGAGAUCCAAAGGGACCGGGCACUCGCCGAGGCAGAGGGCCGAAUAAAGGAGCAGCGUGCAAAUGAGGACGUCAUUCGGCGGCAAACGAUCCUACAGUACCAGGAACGCACGAAGAUGGUCAUCCAAGCCAUCGGCGAGGCCUUUGGGCACCUGGGGCGGGGGGCGCUGGCGAUAGUGACCGACCGUGACCUGUUGCUGCGGACAGCAGGGCUCAGCAGCCUGCUGCUGCUCGGCUUCUUCAGCACUCGGGAAGCCUCCCGGGUCGUUGGCAGGAGUGUUGAGCGCUGGCUGGGCACACCCAAGUUGAUCCGUGACACUUCAAGACGGCAUCUGUGGACCUGGCGCUUCUGGUUCACUGCUGCCACCAAAUCUGCUGCAGAGGUCCGAAAGGACUUUCGCGACAUCAUCCUGCCAGCCCAGCUGCAUGACCACGUCCGGGCCCUGGCUGCCGUCACCUCCAACACCAAGCGCCACGGGGCACCCUUCCGCCACAUGCUUUUCUAUGGACCCCCUGGCACUGGCAAGACCCUGGUGGCAAGGCGCCUGGCUCACACCUCCGGCCUGGACUACGCCAUCAUGAGUGGUGGGGAUGUGGCACCUUUGGCAGGUGCAGCUGUCACCCAGCUGCAUGCCGUGUUCGACUGGGCAGAGCGCAGCCGCAAGGGCCUGCUGCUGUUCAUAGACGAAGCAGAUGCGUUCUUAGGGCGGCGGAGUGACGUGAUGAGCGAGGGCCUGCGGGGGGCGCUUAAUGCAAUGCUCUUCAGAACGGGGGACCAAUCGAAGGACUUUCUGGUGGUGCUGGCCACAAACAGGCCAGGCGAUCUGGAUGCUGCUGUUCUGGACCGCAUCGAUGAGGUUUUGGAAUUUCCCCUCCCGACAGUCAAUGAGAGGAAGGAGAUUCUGGAUGUGUACCUAAAAAAGUACAUUAUGCAGGCUUGGCGAGAUGACGGCGUGUGGUCAGCGCGAUUGAGGCGACGCUUCCUGGCACUGUUUGGCGGGGGAAAGAAGGCUGUCACCGACAAGAUCCGACUGCACGAGGUGACAGAGCCCCUCCUAUGGCAAGCGGCAGAGGCGACAGAAGGAUUCUCAGGUCGGGAGCUAGCCAAGUUCAUGGCCAGCGUUCAGGCGGCCGUGUAUGGCACACGCGACGCCACCCUCACCGCUGACAUCUUGAACAAGAUCCUGCAGUUCAAGGUGAGGGAGCACAACAAGCGCAUGGGCUUCCGGGAAAAAAGGGAGGUCUACGUGUAG